AUGAUGGAGAUUGAACCCCCACCCCCACCGGAAGUAUCUCCUCCUCAACCCGAAGUGGUGGAAUUGGCCACACUGGCAUUGCCUGCGACGGCACUGGACGGUGGCAUGGAAGCGGGUCAAAGUGCUCAUGUAGUGUUGGAAGCCAGCAAUGAAACGGUGGAACACAUUCAAACGGCCACGCAAGAUGCCACGGCCGAUCAACCCAUGAUUAGUGCCGUGGUCGAUUUGGAAACCUUGGCGGAAUUGGCCGGUGCGACAGAAGAAGAUUUUAUCAGCGGACUGCAUCAAGAUGCGCGCGACAAUCGGGCGGCAGAAACGGCAGCGGAAGUGGAAGGGGACGAAGAAGUGGGAGAAACCACGCCACUGGUAGUAGUAACAACAACAACAACAGAUGAAGAAGAAGCCACGGGUACCGAACAAAUUACAUUACCCGCGGAUCCGUUUAUUGAAAGUCUCGCCGACGCCCUUCUUCAAACCGUCCCGGAAGAGGAAGAUCUACAAUCUAUCGCUGGAACAACCGUGGGUGGACACGAAAGUCUCGCAGGAGCUACAUGGGCCAGUGCGUCCUUGGUUGUAACGGGUGAUGCGGCCACAUUGUUGAGUGGAGAACAAUUGGAAGAACAACAUUUUGCCCACGAUGCGUUUUUGCUCGAUGUACCGACCACCGACGAAGACGGACAUACCGAGCAUCGUUACGUAUUGGCAUUGCCGGAAAUUGUCGUGGAACCUUCGGUGCAAACCGAUACAUCUCAACUGUCACAUGGUUCCUUUACCAUGAUGGAACGGGCCAUGUCCAUUUUACCCAGUACUACCCGAUUGCCCUCGGAUAUUGAAGCGGUCCAUUUGGAAGCUACGGAAGUGGAACCCAGCAAAGAGGAUCCAACCACACAAGUCCAUUUGGAUUUGGUCGUCGAACGACGGGUUCCAGUCAUUGGUUAUGUCAUUUUAUUUGCUGGAUUGUUUGCUUUGGCCAGUGUGGGAGCGGCAUUGGAUUUGCAAGAAGGAGGUGUGACACCCACCAUGAAGACGUUAUGGCGUCAGACGGCAACCUUUUUGGUCUAUUUGCCCAUGGUCAUCAAGUCCUUGCGUCAAGAUGGGAUCCCAAAAUUGGAGUCCACUCAAUGGGUGCUGUUGCCCAUUAGUUCCAUGGCGUAUACCUACAUGACGCUGGCAUUUGUCCUUGCUUUGGAAAUGACUUCCUUGGCCAAUGCGUUUGUUCUGUCCAAUAUGACUUCUCUUGUUAUUAUUGCUGGGAGAGCAGUUUUGGGAUUGCCCAUUUUGGCAUUGGAAGGAGGAGGUGCCAUCACUGGGUUCAUUGGAGCUGCCAUUUGUGCUCAAGCACAGGGAGCUGACAUUGGACGAAGAUUGCUACUAGAACUGGAUGUGUCGUUUUGGGGCAAUGCCAUUGCGUUUUCUGCCAGUUUUGGAACGGCAGCUUAUUUGUUGAUUGCCAAAAAAUUGCGACCAAAAAUGGAUCUGUUUGUCUUCAUGUCCAUCAUUAUGGGAUUUGGGGCGUUGCUGUUGGUGCCCUACUUGUACUUGAUUGGAGAAGACAUUACCUUUGAUAUGCAUCCAGUACAUGGUGUUUUCGGGUGGUUGAACUUGCAGGCGGACCGCCUGCCAUUGGAGCUCUACAUGGCAGUUGUUUGCAAUUGUUUGGGAACUACAGGAUACAUUGCAGUCAUGAAAUACUUUGAUCCCAUUGUUCCAGCCACCGUGAUGCUUUUGGAGCCUGUCAUUGGGGCUCUUUUAGGGGCCGCAGCAGGCACCGCACCCAUACCCGGCCUUCAGACCUGGUUGGGAAAUUUGGUGGUGGCAGGAGGUACUUUCUUGGUCACUUAUGCUGGUUCGAGCAAGACGGAAAGCAUUGAUGCGACGGAAGCUUUGCGCCCUGGUGUUGGCACAUUUGUGGAUGGCGAUGAUUCGGCUAGUCUCAAGUCCUCCGUGGUGAAGAGCCCCUUGAUUCCUCGCCCUUCCGCACUACCCUCGGUGGAUGAGCGCAAACCACAGACCGAUGCUGUUGGUGACAACAAUAUGCCAGCUCCGGCCAAGGUGGUUUGGACGACCGAGUAA